GUUGCGAGGUGUCCUAGCGCCCGCUGACAUCCGGUCGUAUAUAUAUUGCCACGAGUUAGCGGCGAAUUUGGAGAGUGUCCAUUUUGAGCAGCGAGUCGGCGUCUCCGGUAUUUUUUUUUUCCCCCCACAAAUCUCUCGAAGAGCCCACCGUCAGAAUGGCAGACGCUGAUACUCUCCUCAUGGAGACAUCGGACCAGAACGGCAACGAGGGGGAAGAGGACCAGAACGGAGCCGAGCAGGAGCUAAUGGCGGGAGAGGAGGAGGAGGAGGACUGCCAGGACGUCCAGGAGGAAGGCCAUGCCGACGGCCUGGACAUCCAGGAGGACAUCCCAGAAGACAUCCAAGAAGACAUCCAGGACAACGGCGCCGAGGGUGCGGAUGGAGCCGAGGCGACCGAAGGCGGCGACGUGACCGAGGGCGCUGACGGGGGCAAGAUCGACGCCAGCAAAGGAGAGGAAGAUGCCGGGAAAAUGUUCGUGGGCGGCCUCAGCUGGGACACGAGUAAAAAGGACCUGAAGGAUUACUUCAGUAAGUUCGGCGAGGUGUCGGACUGCACCAUCAAGAUGGACUCCAACACCGGCCGGUCCCGAGGCUUCGGCUUCGUCCUCUUCAAGGAGGCCGCCAGCGUGGAGAAGGUGCUGGAGCAGAAGGAACACAGACUGGACGGACGUCCGAUCGACCCCAAGAAGGCGAUGGCCAUGAAGAAGGAGCCCGCCAAGAAGAUCUUUGUCGGGGGCUUGAACCCCGAGGCCACCGAGGACGCCAUUAGGGAAUAUUUCGGAGCUUUCGGAGAGAUCGAAACCAUUGAGCUUCCCAUCGACCCCAAAUCGAAGAAGAGGAGGGGGUUCAUCUUCAUCACAUACAAAGACGAAGCCAGCGUCAAGAAGUGUCUGGAGAAGAAGUACCACACCAUCCAGGGCGGCAGGUGUGAGCUGAAGAUCGCCCAGCCAAAGGAGGUGUACCAGCAACAGCAGUAUGGAGCAGGACGCGGCGGUGGAGGUGGAGGAGGCGGCGGAGGAGGAGGAGGUGGUGGUUAUGGAGGCCGGGGAGGCCGAGGUCGUGGAGGUCAAGGUCAAGGCUGGAACCAGAGCUACGGAAACUACUGGAACCCGGGAUACGGUAACCAGGGCUACGGCUACAGCGGAUACGGAGGCUACGGCAACUACGACUACUCUUCUGGCUACUACGGAUACGGUCCCGGUUACGAUUACAACCAGGGCAACGGCAGCUACGGGAAAACUCCAAGACGGGGGCCACACCAGACCGGCUACAAGCCAUACUGAUGAUCACAUGGCAGCGCAAGGACUCCAGUGAUCCAGUGAGACCGACGGCUGGAUGGAAACACUGACUCGACCUCUUUUAUGACAGAAGACCAUUUGUACAGAAAACAUCUGAAAUGUAACUUUUUCUUUGUUUUUGUUUUUUUAUCCUUUCAUUUUUAGGUUUUACGUUUCCCUUUGGUGUUUUUGUUUUUUUCUCUCGUCCCCCCCCCCCUUCCACAUUUCCAUCAAUGGAAGUGUAAUUUUUACUGUACUUUUUGGUACCUGUUUUGAUUCUAAUGUAUUGUAAGGCUUGUAUUUUACAUGUUUGCUGGCUUUACAGGUUGAAACUCUUGGCGCUGUAAAGGAGCUUUUUUUGACAAAAUAAACAGUUUUCAGUAA